AACAUCACUACAAAAGCGGACAGUAGUCUUUUGGAGGAGGGAGGGGCGGCAGAUUCAGACAAUUCGCAGUUAGACCGGGUGGGAAAAGUUGCAGCUCUCAAUUACGGUUCCUCGUUGGUUUUUCAAUCGUUGGUUUUUCAAAGCGGCAUGCACCUUUACGACUUACGACCGGGGCAAAGGCGUCCGGGAUCAGGGCGGACCUUUUCCUUUUUUCUUGCUUGCAAACACUCUCAUCUUCUCUUGCUUUUCGGCGCCAUUGUGCUAAACAAAAAUAUCCAUCGCGUGGGCGUCGUCGGACUGGCUCAUGCGGAGAUUGCUCUUCUUCUCUGGUGUUUCGGUACAUACUGUAUGUACAUGGCCGGCAGGCAGCGCUCCUUACUCUGCUUAGCAACUGCGCAACACAGCAUAGUGCAAGACGUCCGCAUGAUGCCGUGGACAUGCUUUACGGUGGUGGUGCUAUCUUCGCUAUAUUCUUCUAUUUCAUUGAGCCAAGUCGAGUCUUCCAUGGACAGGUACCGCUACUCAAAAUAAGCAUUCCAUGUUUCAGCGCCUCAUCAUAUGGGUUGAGUAGAGUAAAGAGAAAGUAGCCAGCCGUCAUCGAAUGCUUAGUAUGCACAUCGUCA